AUGUCUGGUAACGUCGUCACAGUCCCCCUCCUCAUCAACGGCGAGGAAGAAUACACCCCCAACACUUUCGAUGUGAUAAGUCCCUACACCAACGAACCCUGUUGGAAAGCCGCGGCUGCCUCUCCCGCAGACGCCGUGAGGGCAGUCGAAUCCGCCGCCGCCGCAUUCCCGGAAUGGUCCAACACGAAACCCGCCGCGAGACGGGAUAUCCUGCUCAAGGCGGCUGAUAUUCUUGAGCAGCGUCUUGAGGAGAAUGCGGCGUACAUGAGGACGGAAAUGGGGGCCAAUGUGGGUGCGUCUCAGCAUUUUGUCGUCCCGCUGAGUAUCCGGAUGCUGAGGGAUAUUGCGGCGAGGAUUUCGGGGGUUUGUGGGAGUGUUCCUGUUGUUGAGGGGGAGGGGCAGAGUGCUAUCGUGUACAAGGAGCCUAUGGGGGUAAUUCUGGGGAUUGUGCCGUGGAAUGCACCGUACGUCUUCGGUAUUCGCUCCGCAGCAUGUGCUCUCGCUACCGGGAACACGACUAUCAUCAAAUCCUCCGAACUCUCCCCAAGAUGUUACUGGGCCAUUGGGCGCGCGUUCCAAGACGCAGGUCUCCCGCCGGGCUGUCUGAAUAUCAUUUCCUGUCGUCCGCAGGACGCCGCCGAGGUGGUCACCGCUAUGAUCGAGCACCCUGAAGUCCGCAAGAUCAAUUUCACAGGAAGCACGGCGACUGGAAGAAAAAUCGCGCGCACCUGCGGCGAGAAUCUCAAGCCCUGUUUGAUGGAGCUGGGAGGGAAGAAUAGUGCUAUUGUCUGUGCCGAUGCGGAUCUGCAGGUUGCUGUGCGGGAGGUGUUGGCUGGAGCUUUUUUGAAUUCUGGCCAAAUCUGCAUGUCGACAGACCGAAUCAUCCUCCACUCCUCCAUCGCAAACGCCUUCCUAGAAGCCCUCAAGUCCGCCCUAUCCACGAACACAGACAGCGAACCACCCACGCUCGUCAACGAAGCAUCCAAGACGCGAGUCGAGGCCCUCAUCUCCUCCGCCCUCGAAGCAGGAGCUCAUUUAAUUCACGGAUCCUCCACUACUAACAGCAAAUCUGGCAUCCGCAUGGCCCCCGUCGUCCUGGGCGGAAUCAAAGAAGAUAUGAAAGUCUGGCAGGAAGAAGCGUUUGCUUCGCUGGCUGCUUGCAUGAUCGUGGAUAGUGACGAGGAAGCUGUGAAGAUCGCUAAUAGUUCCGGGUUCGGGCUGUCUGCGGCUGUUUUUACGGAGGAUUUGAGGAAGGGGUUUGCGAUUGCGAAGAGGUUGCAGUCCGGAGCUGUUCAUAUUAAUAGUAUGACCAUUCACGAUGAACCGGCGCUUCCGCAUGGCGGUGUUAAGAAUAGUGGAUGGGGUCGCUUCAAUACCACCCAGGGACUGGAAGAGUUUCUCGUGACGAAGAGCGUUACAUGGAUGGAUUAA